GCUAUUUUGAGUGCCAUCGUAUCGUUGCAGGCCCUACAACGACAUCGGUCUACCCAGAGACGAAGAUCGUUGCCAUCAACCAAGCCGACAACCUGUGGACACUUGGCGUCUUGUUGUUUGAGCUGUAUGUGGGAGAUCCUUGGACAGAUCCGGCCCUCCAAGGUGUGCCGCUACUCUCUGCCAUGGCAUGGUCGUCCCAGGAUGACGUGGACACACGACUGCGACGCCACAAGUUACUACCUCGACCUGUACUCAACACACUAAAAGGUCUCUUGUCAGUUGACCCCAGCAACCGUCCUGCUCUCAGCUCCAUUUUGGUGUCCGAGUACUUGUCUCCGCCCUCUUCGUGGCUUCGUGACGGAGGUUCCUCUCCAUUUCUUCAACCCAGUCCUGUCGACACGACCACCAUGACGACUGAACCGACGCUUUUGAAGUGGACCCCGUCGGAAUUGGUGGCCCUAGCGCUGCAAAACCACAAGGUCGAGCUCGAACGCAUGCAGCAGCAGUACCACCAACAAGCUACGGCCGUGCCGACUCGAUCACUGAAACCUCGCCCCACCACCACGCCCCCCCAUGUAGUGCCACUCUCCCCCCAAGUAGAACCAUUGCCCCCCCAGGCAGAACCAUCAGCACUGAUGAACGACGACAUCGUGAUCCAAGAUGAAGCUACACCAAUCCAAUCAACGGACGAUCCGUAUCUUGGCCAGCGUGUGCGAAAAUACUUUGCAGACGGCAUCGCGUACCAUGGCACGGUGACGUCGCGAUGUCCGAGUGGGGCCGCCGUCUGGACGGUGCAGUACGACGACGGCGACAGCGAAGACAUGACGCAAGCCGACCUGGCGGCGAUCGUCGGCGUGAAAAGGUCGAUCCAAGGCUACGUGGCCACAACUCAACUGUUGAGUCAAGGCCACUCGGUGUGGCUAGUGCACGACCUUCAGUUGGUCGCUCGAGGGCGAGUAUACACUAGUCCACCUCCACACAUGAUGACACAGCAUCGUCACCUUGGACAUGCCGACCACGACGACGACGAUGUGGUGUGCUUGCGCAUCACCAAACGCUUCACAGGAACGCCCGCCAAAGUGACGGCACAGUUUAUUCUGUGUACAAACAGCAACAACACCAAGUCGGCGUACUUUGUGUGGUGGCGACGCGCGCACUGCUUUGUACCGUCUUAGCUCGUUGAACCAACUAGAUCAUAUAUAUUAUUAUAGUGUUGUUUCCAUCUUCCAACUCUUCUUGAAUCAAAU